UAGCACGCGCCGAAGUGUUGCUCAAAACACGCCUCCUCCACAACCAAAAAUAACAACAAUGGUCCGCGUGUUCGCGAAUAAAGUGAAUUAGUGAAGUGAUUUUCAACCUUUCUUUCUGGAUUUCAGUGAUAAACGAGGAUCAAAAUGGAUGACAUUAAUUUCGCUGCUCAGUGUUUGCUUGAAAUGUCCCACAGCAAGGAUUACCUUAACAUAAACAGACCCCUUGAUCUUUCCACCCACGUCAUACGCGAAGUCGUGUUCGUUAACGCUCCUGGACCAGCAGUGAUAGUUGAAAAAAUACCCCCUAUACCCUCCAACUAUGUCAAAGAAGAAACUACCACCACCAACACAGAAUCUUCUUCGUACAUGGUUGCUCGCAUACUCACAGACCUCACCAGGAUCAAGCAAGAGCCGGUGCCAGAGGUUCCCAGUGAUUCGGAGGGUUCCUUGACGAUAGAUGAAGACAGCGAUAAAGAGAAGAAGAGCCCCGCCUCCGAGACACCUAAAGAGAAGGCGGCAACGCCCCCUCCGGUGCAAAAGGCCGAAGGGGUACCGCCCACUAAAAAGGCUAACGUCACUAGGGCUCAAACGGGUACUCGGUUGGGAUCACAGGUCAGGAAGACUCACAAAUGUUCGUAUGAUGGUUGUCAAAAGGUUUAUGGAAAAAGUUCGCAUCUUAAAGCUCAUCUUCGUACACAUACAGGUAAGAUCACAAUACCUAUUGUGUAUGUAGUAUAA